UGCACGAAUUUAAUAACUAUCAAUAAAGUUUUUAUCAUUGCUCAUAUAGUUGAUAUGCGACUAUGUCAUAUAAAUUGCUUGCCAUAUUCCCGGUUUUACGGUCACACUGCAAAAUUCCAGCUAUGAUUGGCGUUAUUUUAGCGAACCAUGCAGCACAGGUGGUUUGGCUUUGAAUAAUCACCAAUCGUUUUGGCCACGUGGAAAGAUGCUGGGUGGCUCGUCUUCAAUCAACGCACUUCUGUACGUGCGGGGCAAUCGACGUGACUAUAAUGUGCACUGGCAGACAGCAGGCGGUGCUGAUUGGAGUUGGGACUCAGUUUUACCGUAUUUCCAAAAGUUUGAAAGCAAUCUGUCGCCAAAUGAAGCAUCGCUUAACAUUGAAAAUUAUCCAACAACAGACUUCGAUGAAAACAUAAAAUCAAUGCUGCAACAAUUCUACGAAAGUUUAGGUUUCAAACAUUUGGAUGAUCUGUACGAUGAUUCAUUUAUUGGUUUCGCUCGUGCAAAGGGCAUUUUGACAAAAGGUACACGGUCUAGUUCGGCCAAGGCAUUUUUGCGCUCCGAAUUGAUUGGCAAACGCAAUAAUUUGCAUGUCAUCAAAAUGGCCCAUGUCAGUCGAAUAAUCGUGAACAAAGCGAACAAACAAGUGAGCGGCGUUGAGUUCACUCGUUUGCCGGAGCAAAAAACGAUUGUCGCAAAUGUUCGAAAGGAAGUUAUUGUAUCAGCAGGAGCGGUGAAUACGCCUCAAUUGCUUAUGCUCUCUGGAAUUGGGCCAACAGAUCAACUAACACCACAUCAAAUUGAAAUAAUUCAAUCGCUGCCGGGUGUUGGUCGCAAUUUACAAGACCAUAUUAUGUUACCGUACAUUUUUUCGCUUCACAAAUCAACGGCACAAUCACCUACUUAUCAAUUUUUGGCCGAUAAUUUUAUGAGCUACCUUUUGAAUCGAAGUGGAAUGUUUUCAAAUCUUGGUUCGGUUGAUUAUAUGGGCUUUUUCAGUACGUUAAACGAUACGCUGUACCCGGAUAUUCAGGUGAUGCAUUAUCUAAUAUCGAAACAGUCAACGGAUUCAAUGAAAUUUCUUUUGAGUCUGUUCAACUACAAACAACACAUUAUUGAUGCUGUUGUGGCGGCUAAUUUGGAAGCCGAUACACUUUUAGUGCUUAUGAUUUUGCUUAACCCCAAAUCACACGGUUCAAUUACGUUACGAAGCAAGAAACCCUUUGAUUCACCGAAAAUUCAUACAAAUUAUUUGAAAGAAAUUGAUGAUGUUAAAACACUGGUUCGAGCCAUGAAAAUUAUCGAUAAACUAACGGAAACGAAAAUAUUCAAAGAGCAUGAAGGCGAAAUUGUGAAUUUCGAACUGAAGGAAUGUGAUCGAUUCCCAAGAAACGCAGACACAUUUUGGGAAUGCUAUGUGCGUCAUUUGUCGAUAACUGUUUAUCAUCCCGUUGGCACUUGCAAAAUGGGAAGCCCAAGUGAUGAUGAAGGUAGCGUUGUUGAUGGUCAACUUAAUGUUCAUGGAGUCAACGGGUUGAGAGUGGCUGAUGCAAGCAUAAUGCCGAAGAUAGUCAGCGGAAAUACAAAUGCGGCAACGGUUAUGAUUGGAGAAAAAGUAGCUGAGUUCAUCAAGCAAAAAUGGGAAAAACAUCAAAUAAAGGAAGAACUUUGAUGGUUUACCCUCAAAUGAUUCAGUGUUACUUCAUGUAUUAUUUGUUUUUAAGCUGAUUCAAAUCAAAAUCACGUGAAAUCAUAUUGUUAUAGCACGAUUCUAAUCUUGACAAUAAGCCAUUUUACUCGAAACACAUACCCAAAAUGUAUUAUAUGUGUCGGUAAUCCAUACCAAAUCUUAAACAAUUCAAAUAAAAUGUACUGAACUACUUAUAUUGUAUCAAAUUGAAAAGAUUCAAAAUAAAUAGACACAAAACGAAACGAAGAACAGAUAAAA